AUGAGUCAAAACAACUCGGUCAGAGUUGUAGUCGACAAAGACACAGUUUCACGGUUUGCAUCGUGCCAAUCCGCAACGUUGAACCAUCUCAACAAGUACGAAACACUCACAAACACGCUUAACUACCUGCUAUCGUACUCCGUGGUCUCUGGCACGGUUUCUGCAUUCCUCACAGUGCUAUACCGCGCCAGACUGGUUGCUGUUGACUCCCCCAAGUCGCCACAGGUAGUGAAAAAGGGCUACAACGCCGGCGUUGCUGGCGUGCGGAAACUGGACGAGUGGUUCAACCUUUUAGUUUUGCGCGAGGGACUCGAUGAGUUUCUAAGCCAGUAUCACACACACAGCGGCAAGCCCGGGUUUUGGGUCGUUUUCUAUUUGCUCGACUAUUUUGCCAACGUCUCAAACCUGGUUUUGAAAGAACUCGUGGUAAAGCCUCUCAAGCUGGGCAAAAAACCCUCUGGACCAGCAGAAGCAGCACACGAAUUGGACAUUGAUGGAGGUGCGUCGAACGGCCACACACACCCCGACAACUUGCCCCAUAUAAAGGAACUAGCAGGAACCACCCGUUCUUUGGGUCACGAACUACAAUCCAAAUUGCAGUCAGACUACAUCGGGCCCACCAGAACGAAGUUGCAGCAGGGAUACAUUGAUCCAACCAAAGAUAGAAUAAACGGUACUAGAGACUACGUUACUGAAAAGUACGGUGAGUUUAUCAAGCCCACUUACGAUGCAGCUUAUCAAACGGUUUCUGAAAAGUACGAAGGCAAUUUCAGCAAAUCUGAGAGUGUUCCGAGAGCUAUUGUAUCUACGGGCGUUGACCUAGGUCAGUUAACAAUAGGGAAAUUGAAAAAUGGAGUCGCUCACGGAGUUGACGUCGUCGAGCCCAAGGCCAAGGGUUUUUCCGAUGAAAUCAGCGAAAGGGCUGCCUCUGUGCUUCAAACCACCGAAAACCUUACCAAGCAAGCUGCUUAG